ACCUUGAACGGGUUGCAAAAUGUCGGGGGCCUACACAAACCAGGACUAUCUACCUAGUUUUGAAGAGUUGAAAGUGCCAGAGCUACCGAUCUCGUCUUCUGCUCUUCGUGCAGCUAGUUUGUAUAUGGGCAAAUACUGCGAUGAACAAUGCAAGGAAUUUAUGUUGUGUAAUGAAGAGUUGAAGGACCCAGUUCGUUGUAUGAAUGAGGGCAAAGAAGUGACCCGAUGUGGAUACGAGUUCUUGAAAAAAUUGCGAUUGAACUGUAGAGAAGAAUUCAAUAACUAUCACUCUUGUAUAGAUUUACGUGCUGGAAGGGAUAUGGAUUUCAGCAAAUGUAGGAGCAGUCAGCAGCCUUUAGAUGACUGCUUGAUGAGGACAAUGAACUUAGAACGUCCAGAUCCGGGCUACUUUAUCGAACGUAGGUUUCACUCCUCCACCCGCCCCCCACCUCCAGACAGGAGAAGGCAGUAUGAGAAACUGCCAGACUUAGCUGAUCCAGCCAACAUGCCUAAAGAUCAGCAAAGAUUGCCUGGAAUGACGGAAUAACUUUGACGUCUAUGCCAUACAAUAUAGAUUUGGAUGGGCUGGAACAGCCAGACUCUUGGGAACCAGAUUCUUAAGAAAAUAUUCAUUGACUUAUAGUGAAUGUUUUUCAGAGGAGUUUGUUAUGUGUAAACUUGUUUGUAAAUAAAAAUGAAACUCA